AUUAUCGGUCCCCGGAACCUGUUUUCUUGCUCUUGCUAACUCCGGACCUAUUAAAAAGACGGACCGAAUCCUGUUAGCAAAAGCUAAUCCAAAUUAGCCUCGCAUUUGUUUGUGUGUAGUAAUGGUGUCCCGCAAACAGACGCGGGUAUGGAAGUACGUGAACGACGGCAGUUUGAUGAAACUGAAAUCAUACCUACGGAAACACACGGAUCUGGAUGUGAACUUUUCCCAGGGUAAGAGACAGAGGAGCCCGCUGCACCUGGCCUGCUGCCUGGGGGACGACGCUGUUCUGCGGCUGCUGCUGAAACACGGAGCCGAUGUUCUCCAGAGGGACCACAAAGGGGACACGGCGCUACACGUCGCGGCCAACAGGGCUCUUAAACACGGAAAAACGGCGUUAGAUGACCUGGUGGUGCCUCUGAGAAAACACUGCCCUGAAGCCCUAAACGUCCAAAACAGAGCCGGAGUCACACCGCAAGACCUGCUGAACUGGAUGAAACAUCCAGAGGCUGCAGAAAACAUGAGCCAUCCACGUGAAGCAGACCCUGAAAAGGAAUUCCUGGAGAAGCUGUUUGACGAAUGCGAGGAUGAAUUCUAUGAAACCUUUGGAGUAUAUGAUGCUGAUGACUUUCUUCCCGUUGAUGAUGACGAGGAAGACUUUGGGGACUGGGCUGAUCGCAUCCGGAAGGAAUACUAUGAUAAAAAACACGCCCAGGCCCAGAGACUCGCAGCCUCAUCUUCUGGGUGGAAAAGAAGCAAGAGUAAACGAGAGAAAGAGGAAGAAGAGCGAAGCAGCAGGGAGCUGCACAAAAGGCUGCAGAAGGAGCACGAGGAAUAUCUGGCUCGUGCAGCUCGCAAAGAGGAGGAGACUCGGCGUGGCAAGAAGCGGCAGUAUGAUGAAAGGUGCGCGGCGACCUUUCAGGGUGGCACCUCGGCAGGCAGCACAAAGCUGAGCUUCGAUGACAUCCCCUGGCCGGCUCCGAGAGGCACGGUCCAGGAGAUGAUCGAGGUCAUGCUGCAUGGUGUGGACCGAAAGGACGUACCGACGUUUCGUAAAGCACUUCGAAAGCAGCAAGCGCUGUGGCACCCCGAUAAAUUCGCUCAGCGAUGUGAAGCUCGAUUGGAGGAGAAGGACAAACAGAAGAUCCUGGAUACAGUCACCGCUCUGUCACAGGAGCUCAACAGACUGGCUCAGAGUUUGAAGACUUGAAAAUCACACCAUGAACGUUAUAUGUGCUGAUGCACAGUCAUGACAUGUUGGUUGGUUUGUUUUUCUGCCCAUUUGAUCAAAGAAUAAACUUAAUAUAUUGUUUUACUGUA